UCUGCCACCGACCUGGACGCCACCCCCAGGACAACGGUCGGCUUUGACGAGCUGUCGGGCAUCCGGCGCUUCAGCACACGCGCCCUCAACUACAGCACCCUGCUGCUGGAGGACGACCUGGGCAUCCUCUACGUGGGCGCCAGGGGAGCCAUCUUCGCCCUCAACUCCAGUGACGUGGCCGACGGCUCCCACCGCACGAUCCACUGGGAAGCCUCCCCAGAGAAGCAGAUGGACUGCCUGCAGAAGGGCAAAAACAACAAGACCGAGUGCUUCAACCACGUGCGGUUUCUGCAGCGGCUGAACAGCACCCACCUCUACGCCUGUGGGACCUACGCCUUCCACCCGCUCUGUGCCACCAUUGAUGCCGACAGGUUCACGUUGCCAUCCCACUUUGAGGAAGGCAAGGAGAAAUGCCCGUACGACCCUGCCCGUGGCUACACCGGCCUCAUUGUGGACGGCGGCUUGUACACGGCCACACGCUAUGAGUUUCGGAGCCUCCCCGACAUCCGUAGGAACCUGCACCAGCGGCCACUGAAGACGGAAGAGUCCCCUCUGCACUGGCUGAACGAUGCUGAGUUUGUGGCCUCUGUGCUGGUCCGGGAGAGCAAGGACAGCCCUGUGGGUGACGAUGACAAAAUCUACUACUUCUUCACGGAGCGGGCAGGCGAGGAGACCACGUCCUUUUUUGACAAGAGCCACGUGGCCCGAGUGGCCCGGGUUGCCCGUGUCUGCAAGAGCGACGUAGGCGGGAAGAAGAUCCUGCAGCGCAAGUGGACGUCCUUCAUGAAGGCACGCCUGGUCUGCUACAUCCCCUACUACGAGGUGCUGCGCAGCGUCUGCAGCCUGGACAGCGGUGGCUGGGCCAGCACUGUCUUCUACGCUGCCUUCACGCUCUCGGCGCAGUGGAGGACCAUGGAGGCCUCGGCCGUGUGCCGCUACAACAUCUCGGCGGUGCAGCGUGCCUUUGAGGGCCCCUACAUGGAGUACCAGGACUCGGCUCGCAAGUGGUCCCGCUACGACGGUGCGGUGCCCGAGCCCCGGCCCGGCUCCUGCAUCACGGACCACUCCCGCAGGAAGGGCUACAACUCCUCGCAGGACCUGCCCAACAGCGUCCUGGACUUUGUUAAGUUGCACCCGCUGAUGUUCGAGGAGGUGAAGCCGGCCGGCGGGGAGCCGCUGCUGGUGAAGAAGAGCGUGGCGUACAGCCGGCUGGCCGUGGACAGGGUGCAGGCCCUCGACGGACGUGCCUACGAUGUGCUCUUCAUGGGGACAGGGGACGGCUGGAUCCACAAGGCCGUGGGGGUGGGUUCCAGCAUCCACAUCGUGGAGGAGGUGCAGGUCAGGGACCCGCAGCCUGUGGAGAGCUUGGUGAUCUCCCAUGCCCAGAGGAGCCUGUACGUGGGGGCGGCCAGCGGGAUCCUGCAGGUGCCUCUGGCUUCCUGCGCCCG